UGUGAUAAACUCCCUAGUGUUGCUGCCAAUCAUCUCUGCUCUCCUCCAUAUGUUUAUUGAACAGCACUUUGGGCUAAGUUGACAAGGCUGCUGAACUGCUGAAUCUGUGUUGGAAUCAAUAAUGAGAUAUGAUAAACUGAUGAGUGAUCCUGGAAAGAUGGAGAUUCUUUAGGUCCUUUCCUGUGUUGUGUUUGACAAGCUGUCUUCAGAUUUUAUACAAUGGGACUACGUAUUCACUUUGUUGUUGAUCCUCAGGGCUGGCUCUGUAUGGGCCUGAUUAUUUUUGUUUGGCUUUUCAACACAUUCUUAAUUCCAAAAUUGAUUCUCUUUCCACAUUAUGAAGAGGGACAUAUCUCGGUGACUGCAAUACUCUGUUAUUACAUAUUUGCAUUGUUCUGCAUCAUCUCACUACUUCGAGCCUCUGUAGCAGAUCCAGGAAGACUACCUGAAAGCCCAAAGAUACCAAUUACAGAAAGAGACUUUUGGGAAUUAUGUAAUAAAUGUAAUAUGAUGAGACCAAAGCGUUCCCACCACUGCAGCCGAUGUGGACACUGUGUUAGGAGAAUGGAUCAUCAUUGUCCAUGGAUUAAUAACUGUGUUGGUGAAGAUAACCACUGGCUGUUUUUGCAGUUGUGCUUCUACACAGAGCUCCUCAGUUCUUACACAUUGCUACUUGAUUUUUGCCACUGUUACUACUUUGAGCCACUGAAAAAAGUUAAUUGGGAUCUCUUUGUUUUUAGACAUGAACUCGCCUUGACACGAAUAUCUACCUUUAUGGGUUUAAUAAUGCUGGUUGGAAUUAGUGGACUUUUUUAUACCCAAUUAGUUGGUAUAUGUAAUGAUACUACAAGCAUAGAAAAGCUGGCAAACUGUUGUGAAGAAAUAUCGAGACCCCGAAAGCCGUGGCAGCAGACCUUCUCAGAAGUUUUUGGCACUCGCUGGAAGAUCCUGUGGUUUAUUCCUUUCAGGCAAAGACGACCACUGCGAGUUCCCUACCACUUUGCCAAUCACGUCUAAACAGAUGGAUGGUGGGCACAGAUGGGUCCUCCAUGCUGGAAGUGUGUUGCAGGUUUUGUGAUAAUAGAACUAUGACAGUCCUCAAGUCAAUUAAAAUCUACCCACCAAUCUUAAACAUCACAAUGUGCCCCAGGCUUUAUUUUAAUAAUAAUGAUCUUGAUUCUGUUUUUGGAUUAAUGCACAUUUCUCUGUUUACUUUUAAAGUGUACUUACUUUCACAUUAGCUUUCUAGAGGAAUUACUUUAAUAUGUGGGGUUAAUAACAAACACAGUGAUUGAUGUACAAAUAUUACAAUUUUUUUGUUUUGAUACUAGACAAUAUGAUUAUAUGUUUUGAUAGAAACUGUCAUUUACUCAGAUCAGUAGGUCUGAAAAGUGUCUUGCCUGGCUUGAAUUUUUUAUUUUAUUUUUUAAAUCAAUAAUACUGGAUUCUGUGGAGACCCUUUUCUUGCUGAUUUGAUGUAAAUUCCCAAUGCCUUCUUUUAUUUGUGAUUUAUGAUGCACAAUAUUAAUUGAGCUGCUUAUCUGUAGACAAGGAUAGCAUUUUAACAAUGGCUGCUAUUUUCUUUUCUUUUUUAAAAAAAGCAGUUUUCUAUCAGAUGUUUUCAGUUAUAAAAUAUGUUCUUACUGUUUUUUUAUUUAAAACCAAAACAAAAUCCUAAUGUUACUGUAAAAGGAGAAAAGGUAUUGUCAUGAAUAGCUUCUUCCUUCUACUUUGUAAAUGCAAUAAUUAGCUCUAUGUGGUAAAUGUGUAUUAGAAGUGCAUACUGGGAGAAACAAAUUAGGCAAUGAUCCAGCCAAAUUUAAGCACCUCUUACGUCUCACAUUUUACUGGUACAUUUGGUCAUCUGCUCCAGCAGUUCCAAAGUGAGAGCCAUGUUAGUCUGUUGCAGCAAAUAUUAUCUGGUAGCACCUUAAAGCAUGGUUAAAUAUAUUAUGACAUAUUUUUCCACGGAGUUGAGCUGGCACAUACUAUUUUGGGAGCAAGUCUUUCUGAACUCAGAGCUCCUUAAGCUCUGAAUACACAUGCAUAGGAUUGCUAAAUGCAUAAUUUAUGCAGCAUCAUGCCUGUUGGUUUUACUAGUUCCUAUAAUAUAUCAGGUAUAAACAUGAAAUACUCUGUUGUUGCUAUAGUUAUACUUCUUGUUUUGUAUAGUCACUGCUAGAAAUAUUUAGAAUUUAAAUUUGAAGUGUUCAUAGAACAGUUAAUAUAUGUGAGAGAUACUCUAAAAAUGCUAUUUAAAUAUGGGUGUUAAAGAAAAAUAUUAGUUACUGUGCAUAAAACGUCCUUAUUUAAUAUGUUUCAGUGGGUUAUAAAAAGUGAAAUGAAGCAAGUAUACUGAUAUGACAAGAUCUGAGCUGAUCUGCAGUGGUUUUUAUUUUGGGUGUAUUGUUAGUAGUAUGGUUUUUUCCCAAAUGUUGAGAAGGUAAAAGGGAAGUUUGCUACCAAAGCAUGAUGUGACCUAGUUCUGUAAGCAGUUCACAGAAUCACUGGGUAGUGUAACAAUUCUGGUGCAUGGAUACUGUAGUGUAAUACCAAUGUUAUUGUUGGCACUGAAAUAGCUACCUAUAUUGCUGUCCUGGUGCAAUUCGUCUGUUCUACCCUUGCCAUAGCUCAGCCUUCCCCGAACUGCUAUUCUCUAGAGGCUGGUCUAUAGCUCUUACCAUCAUUGACUGUGUGACUGAGGAGGAGUUGUAGACAUCUGGCAUGUAUUGUCUAGCUUGCCAGGAAGUUCAGCCCCUGCCCUUGCACUGCAUUCUUUGUGCCUAUAUGGGUUCUGUGUCCUGCCACAUGGAAAACAUGCCCUUGGACCAUGAGCCCACUAGCUGUUGGUGUAUAUUGAUUAGUGAACCAAAGCCAAUUAAUUCUUCUGAACUUACCUUAUGUUAAGAUUUAGUUUGGGUCCAUUAUCAACAUGAUGCUUCCUCAAAUAGUCAAACGAUUAUCAGUUAAUUUUGCUUACAAAAAAUGUCAACAUUUGCACCUCAACAGUGAUGCUGUGAUGUAAAUGUUACAGAUGGGGUAAGAUGGCAUACAGAGUGUCACCCAUGACAGAUAUUAGAUGUUAGCUGGUACAUCCUUCCACGCUGCUAUACCAAACAGAACCAGUUAUCCUUAACUACAUCAGACAGAUGUUUAAUGUGGUUAUAAAAGCUUUGUAUUGUGGCUGUUAGCAAAUAGUUCCCUUGUACUAACAGCAUGCAGUUGCACUGCAAAUGAGGUAAAUGCUCUGCUCAGACUUAUUACUUAUUCUCUUACCUAAUCAAUGGAUAUUUUGUUUAAAAAAUUAUGAUUGUGUAUUAUCAUGAUUAUUAUGAUACAGCAGUUAUUUCAUGUUUGACACUUUCUCUUACGCUUACUAUAGUAUAAGCAAUAUUUUCAUUUUGAGAACUUCGAAGCUAAGUAUCACAUUGAUAGAACUGGUCUUUGGGGAACAAUGCUAUCAUUCCAUGUAGUUAGAGUAAGAAAAGAAGUGAGAGUGUUAGUCUUCCAAAAGACUAUUAACAUUUUUUUAACCCAUUCGUAAUGUAAUUUUGAAAGACCUUGAUUCUUGAUUACUUUUCUUUGGCAUUGCUUGUGAUUUAGCUCCAUUAACUUUAAAAACACAUUUUUAAAUCAGAACAGCUGGUCUACAGGGUAAUGUUACCUCCUAAUGUUUAUUUUGAAAACCAAACUGAAAACACAGCGAGUAAUAAUAAUAAUAAUACUUGAUGCUAAACACAAAUCAUACCAAAUCAUUACUGUUUUCUCUUUUAUCACCAGUUACAACAUAUUGCUUAAUGUGAGAUCGGCAAAUGUUAUUAAUGCAUUUUUUUGCAAUGUAUAAAAGCUAAGGUAAUUUUGAUGCACCACUAAAAUGAAUUUAGUUUUUCUAAAAGUUCAGAAAUGUUAAAUGAGCUUGAAACAUCUUUCUCUUGUUGUCAAAGUGCCCUCUCUUGGUUGAUUUGUAUAAUGACACUGGCAUUCUUCACUCAAAUCAAAGUGCUGUUCUAAUUUCAGAACAGAAAGGGGCAUUUUUACAGAUCAUAUUUUAAGGCACCUAAAUAUUGAUACCUGAGUUGGAAAAAUGAUACAAGAGCAGUGUAGCAAAUUUCCUGAAUUGAAGAAACAGACACCCAUUCCUUGUUCAGUUGUACUCCGUCUGGGGUUACUAUUAAUACUCUUGCUUGAAAAGGAACAAGUAUCAGAAUGAUAGACAUCUAUGUCAGUGAUAUAUCCUGAGCCUAGAGGAUGAAGUAUUAGGCUAGGGCCUAAAUACACAGGGUAAAAGUGUAAUAAAACAAAGUGUAUUCAUAGAUAGUUGCUUGCUACCAAUUCUGGAUAUAUUAUUAACUUUAAAGCCAAAAAGUCAAUCAAUCAUUAUCUGCUCCUGACAAAACUGUUGAGCACUGUCAAUCAAAAUGGGAGAAGUUCAGUAGAAAUUUAAAGUUUUAAAAUCCCUGGAUCUAUAAUAUCAAGUGUUCAUCUUGAUUCCAUGUUAAAACGCAUUCAGGUUGCCAGUUUAAAGAUCCAGUGACAUUACCUCCCCUUCAUACUGCGCUGUCUCCUCAUAACCAUCAAAACCUAGUUGUAAAUCCUAGGAAAUGCUUUUGCUGGUGGAUCUGAAAGACAGGAUAAUAAAUGGAGAGAUUAGUUGGAACUAAAUAUGUUUUAAUAUGGCUAGGGCAGCUGCUUAAUUUUCUACCCUAUUUUGCAUCUGUGCUAUUUAUUUAUAAUCUUUUAAUUUUCAGAUGUCUAAAUUGAGGUAGUUUAAAAAUAUCUAAUGUUCAUGUAUUUCUCUAUUGUAAAUUAAACUGUGCUUUGAAAUAGCUGGUACAUGGCAUUUAAACCAUUAAUAUAUAUUGCAAACAGGAAUAUUUAAUUAAUUAGGAAAAGACAUUGUAAUUUUUAUGUUCAUCUUUCCAUCACAAUACUUUUAAAAUAAUUACUUUCAUGCUGGUUUCAUGAUGAUAUGUGUUGUGGUUUAAUUUUUCUACUCCCUAGAUGUACUAAGGAGUGUUCUCAUUGUCCAGCACCCAGUUUCUUCAUCACUUACUUCAGGGAUGGAAAUUAUGUGGCCCUCCAGAUGUUGUUGAACUGUUAUUCUCA